AUGAAAGAACUCAGCGAAACAACGGAUAGCGAUAAUCAACUAUGCGUUCAAAAGUUAACUUUAAACGUACCCCGAAAUUCGCUUAAUGAACAACAAUUUUCGCCUAUUCAUAUAAAUCGUGAAACUGAAAUAUUUCAUGAAACAACCUGGAAAAAAGAGCAAAAACACAGUGAAACACCUGAAACAUUUGCUCGAGUCUUGAGUCGCGAGAUGCUGGCUGUAACUGCUUAUGGAACGUUAGAACGCUUAUGGAUAUCGCAAACCAAGCGAUCACUGUCCAUGUUUUUUCUAAAUAAAUACCACGUGAAUGUGGCUUGCCGGGUGUAUAUGGCGUGGAUGUGUAUGUUUCAUCGUGCCGACUCUCGAGUUAUUGAAUCUGGUUCCGAGCAAAGAUAUUGA